GUUCCCUGUAUCCCCGGCCCAGUCCGGUUUCGCUUUCAUUUCCCUUCGCAGCGAAACCCUGGGAUCUGCCCCGCACUGCGAAACUGCCCCGGUGUCAUGUUGUGGGGUCGGGAAGAGCGGUGGGACCCCCAGUGGGACUCUACCUGGGAGGAGGAGGAGGAGGAGGGGGAGAUCCCGGAGUCGGACCUAAAGGGAAACUCCGGGCGGGGGGCAAGUCGCAGUGCCAGGGCAGCCAGGGACCUGCAGAACUAUCGGCGUGGGUAUCCGGGUAAAGAUCGGGACAGUGAGUAUCUGGAGUUUAUGCCCAAUCUGGAAUUCUACCAGAACCGGAUCCCCUUUCAGCCAUAUGGGGAAUAUAUAGACACGAUGCUUAGCGACUGGAGGGGAGAUUAUGUCCGACUGGAAGAGAACCAUUCCUAUAUCCAGUGGCUGUUCCCGCUGCGGGAGGAGGGAGUGAAUCCAUACGCUGCGCCACUGACACUGCGGGAGAUUGAGGCGCUGAGAGCAGAUCCGGACGCCAUGAGGAGGUUCCGUGAGGCCUACAGGCUUAUGUUGGACUUCUAUGGCAUAGAAUUGAGGGAUAAGAUUACUGGGGAAGUUGCCCGGGCCCCAAACUACAAGGAAAGAUUCAGUAAUCUCAAUCGCCGGGGGCACAAUAACCUGCGGAUCACACGGAUACUGAAGUGUUUGGGGGAACUGGGCUAUGGGCGCUUCCAAGCUCCACUCGUCCGCUUCUUCCUGGAGGAGACGUUGGUGCAUAAGGAGCUGCCCAAUGUCCGACACAGCGCCUUGGACUAUUUCAUGUUUACUGUGCGGGACAGAGAGCAGCGCAAGGAGCUGGUACUAUUUGCCUGGGAGCAUUUCCCACACAGAGAGGGGUUUAUAUGGGGGCCCAGGAACUACUUCCAAUAUAGAGCAGCAAAGAAUGCAGAGAGCAGCGCUGACCAGGAAAUCACACAAGAAAAUAGUGAGACGCCAGGCGAGGGGGAAGGGAAUUGUGGGAACUCAGGAAGAGGAAGUGUAAAUGAAGGGCAGAAAGGGAUUGUGAAGGGAGAAAAUGCUGCUGAAGGAAAUUCUAGGGAAGAUCUGCACAGGGCUGGGGGAGCAGAGAGUAAAAACACCAAGGGAGCAGGAAGUUCUGUUGGAGAUUAUACUGGGGAAGAAUUGCAAGGGGACACUGGCACACAAGGAAGUGCUGAAGGGGAAGGUACUUGGGGAGAGUUUCAAGGGAAGGGCUUUGUAGGUAAGGAACCUGAAGGGGGGAAGUUAAAUGGUACAGGGGGAAGAGAGGCAGGAAGUGCUGAUAUCCAAGAGGGCAUGGGGGAAGGAGAGGACACUGGGAGACCAGGAAGUGCUGAAGGAAGAGAUACUGGGGGAGACGUAGAAGGAAAGGGCUCUCUAGGAGGUGAGGAAACUGUUAGAGGGAAGUUGGACAGUACAGAGACUGGGAGACCAGGAGGUGCCGAUAAGGAAGGCUUGGGAGAGAACGUAAGGGAAGGAGAGGACACUGGGAGACCAGGAGGUGCAGAUAAAGAAGGCUUGGGAGAGAACGUAAGGGAAGGAGAGGACACUGGGAGACCAGGAAGUGCUGAAGGAAGAGAUACUGGGGGAGACGUAGAAGGAAAGGGGUCUCUAGGAGGUGAGGAAACUGUUAGAGGGAAGUUAGACAGUACAGAGACUGGGAGACCAGGAGGUGCAGAUAAGGAAGGCUUGGGAGAGAACGUAAGGGAAGGAGAGGACACUGGGAGACCAGGAGGUGCAGAUAAGGAAGGCUUGGGAGAGAACGUAAGGGAAGGAGAGAACACUGGGAGACCAGGAGGUGCAGAUAAGGAAGGCUUGGGAGAGAACGUAAGGGAAGGAGAGGACACUGCGAGACCAGGAAGUGCUGAUAUCCAAGAGGGCAUGGGGGAAGGAGCUAAGGACACUGGGAGACCAGGAAGAGGAAGUGUAAAUGAAGGGCAGAAGGAUGCUGGGGGGCCAGAAGGGGGUCGUAGGGGAGAGGUGGAAAGGAAGGGGACAACAGUAGGUGAGGGAACUAGUAGAGAUACGUCAGUAGGUUCUGUGUGGGUGAAAGAGAACAUUGGGGAAAAGAAUAAGGAGAAUGGAGCAACAGGAAGUGGAACAGAUGGGCGGGGCUAGUAGGGUUUUUGGAAAACUUUUCAAUAAAUCAGCCUGAAACCC